CCAUUAAUCAUGAACAACAGUAUAUAUAGAUUCUAAACAGUAAAUGGAUUUUUAUUAAAUACUGAUCAAAAAAGAAUAAGAAAAUAUUAUGUGCUAAGUAUAUGAUUAUCAUAAAUUUAAAUGUGAAAUUCAUUUAUCUUUGAGUGAAGGGAUACAAGUGUCAAACCAGAUGCACAUUCUGAACAUGUUAGGGAAGUUAUUGUUAAAUUGAGUGAUGAAUUAAAAUAAUACUGUUGAGACAAGCUGAUCGAAGCAUGACAUUCUUUGAAAUUGUACCUAUUAAUGUGACCUGGACAUUUGAACAAAUGACAAAGGUAUGACACAUAUCAUGCCCAGCUCAAUUUCAGAAAAUUGUUAAUUUAUUUAAAAUUCCCUUAUGAAUUACAAAGUGACAGCCAUAAUCAGCUGUUUUAUUCCUAUGUUUUUAUGUUUACCUCUCAGUGUGGUCAGUUGACAUGGGUCGUACACUUAGCACACUGACUCCAAAUGGUAAACUAUUUAAAAUGUCCUAAUGAGUGAUAAAGUUACAUUGAAAAACAGCUGUACUGUGCAAAAAGUAUUUAACUGACCUUUAAACUUUGAUCUCGAAAACAAAGAUAUUUGUCUUACACAAAACAUGGUGCUUCCACAUGGUAAACUUUUGUUAUUUUAAAACUGCCUGAUCAAUAUAGAACGCUGACAAGUUUUGUGUGUGCAAAAAAGUGUUUUUAGGGAAUAUAUGGUAUCAUUCUGCAAAAGGAAGUAACAAGAUAUUUGUUUAAGUCUGAAGAUUGUUCACAAAUACCUGAGUUGUUAAAUGUGACAAACAUGGCGUCCAAUUUUGAGGCAUCUAUUUCCAAAGGAUCUGAUUUAAUCUAUGACUAUUCGUGUGAAAUUUGUGAGGAAAAUGAGAUAAACAAACAGGCGGACAUGUACUGUGAGAAAUGUUCAAAGUGUUAUUGUAGCAGCUGUGUGCAACACCACAAUCAGCUUUUUAAAAAGCACACUGUAUUUGGGAGAGAAGAUCUGACCAAGUGGCCAGUUACCAAGGCCACAUAUGAUCCAAUAGAAUUGUGUAGGGAGCACAAGGGAAGAAAAAUGGAAGUGUUCUGCGAGGAUCACAAUGAGUUGCUGUGCACAGUCUGUCAUCUACAGAAUCACAAGCCAUGUCAUCACGUGAUACUCAUUGCUGAUAAAGUGAAAGGCCUUCGCCAGAAAGGAGAUUUUCAACAACUUUCAGCAAAUCUUGAUUUAUUACAAGAACAAUUUGUGGAGAAGAAAACUGACUUUGUGGGCUAUAUGCAGUCUUCUGAGAAAACCUUCAAGCAAAUUCUGGAAGAAAUAAAUGCUUCGCGGAAGAACAUCAAUAAUUAUUUCGAUCAAAUGGAGAAAAAUACCACCCAGGAGUUACAUUUAAUGAAGACAUCUGUCCAGCGUAAUGUCAAAACAUGCAACGAGUUUAUUGGAAACACAAAAUCUGUACAAGAAGAAUGGGUGAAAGUAAAAGACAAAAGUGACACUUCUUCUUUAUUAAUGUACAAUCAAGGCCUUAAGCAUUGUUUUAAGGCAAGAGCAGCUUUAAUUGAAAUGCCAACGAACGUUGACGUGACAUUCACUUAUAUGCCAGAACCAAUCAUAGAAAGAAGUCUGUCUGCUCUCUCAAUGUUACAAAAUAUACACAGAGACAUACAGGAAUCGCAAACUGAAAAUGAAACAAAUCCUGAAGAAACCCAAGUAUCGGCUCCAUCUAGCCAACCUGUUACUGAAAGCCAGUUAAGUGUAAUAACCCAGCCAAGCCAGGUAUUGGAGUCAGAAUUAUGUUUGACAGGCAAAACAGAUAUGGCAAGAAAUUCAGCCUAUGAGAACAUUCAAAUAUCCGAUUUUGGAACCAGAUUGCAAGACAAGUCUAUCCCAUCACAAAUAACCCGUCAAAAUUAUGAAAAUAUGGAAGGUAAGCUUUCCAAACCAAAUCAAGACAUCACAGUGAAAAGUAAUCAACAGUAUAUAGUUAAAAUGACUGAUGACUCCUUCCCUUGCAGUAUAACCAGCAUUUGUGAGGUAGCUUCCGGAAAACUUGUCAUCGCAGACAUGGCUAACAAGAAAAUUAAAUUGCUGGAUAGGACGUACAGGGUGGUAUCCCAACUUGGCGUGAAUGGUUCACCAAGGUCAAUAUGUGGCGUUGACUCUAAUCUAGUGGCUGUUGCUUUAGGAAAUCAUAAAUGUUUGUUCAUCAAACUCACCAAUAGCAGUUUGGUACAAGACAGGACAUUAAGACUCGAACACCAGUGUAUGAGUAUUGCCCUUCAACAAGGUUACCUGUAUAUAACAUCCCAAUCAAACCUUUACCAGUACACUGUGGAAGGAAGACGUUUGAGCAAGAUGUAUGAGGAUACAUCCGGGACUUCGACAUCCAUAUACUGUACAGUCAGUCCAGAUGGAGACAGGAUAUAUGUUGCCAACAAGAUCAAAAACACGUUAGUCACCCUGUCCAGCGAUGGCACAGUGAUCUCCACACUGACUGACCCGGCGUUGGACUGGAGACCCAUAAGUGUGCCACCAGGCCUCCAUGUGACAGAGAUGGGACAAGUCCUGGUGUGUGGAGGUUUGUCUCACACAGUUCUCAUGGUAGACAGAGAUGGGAGACAUAGACUAGCAGAGGUGGUUACCGAGAAAGAUGAUGUGAGGAAGCCAACUGCAGUUUUCUUCAGUUCACUUACAGACACACUUAUCGUAGGGAUGGCAGAAAGUCACAAAAUACUGGUGUUCAAGACCACGUAAUUUUGUGCUAUUUUUAUAUGAAAUUCGACGUGUGAAAAACAUUCAUACGUGCACAUUUUUUUUUGCGACGACUGAUAAAUGUACAUUUUUUAUUUUAAGUUUGCUUUGGAAAUAAUAAUAUCCAAUGCAGAAAUAAUAUUUGAUUAAUAGUUGUUUACUGCGCAAUAAGUCUGCUUAGAAAUUAAACCUCAGGGGUCAUAGCAUCAUAUCAGAAGGUAAGGGAUUUUUAAUGACCAAUAAAUAAGUAUAUGCAACAUUAUUUUGAUUCUCAACUGCUUUAAUAAAUAUGAGUGCAAGUGACAUGGGGAAUACAUUUUACUGUGCUGUGUGAAGGUUUGGGAUUUCAUUAUUAGAUUUUAGUUUUACACUGCUGAUUUUGCCCUUUUUCGACUGCCGAUAUUUCUCUUUUGCACUGCCGAUUUUGCACUCUUACACCGCUGCAGAUUUUUCACACUGUUCAUUUUGCCCUUUUACACUGCUAUUUUUGCCCGUUUUGGUUUACUAUGUGAUGCAUUUGUAUCACCAAUAUUUUUUAAUUUUAGUGAUGUUUGCUUUUAUACACAAUAAAAAGAAUUAGAAAUUAUUCACUUCAAAUUGUGCAACAGAUUUCCAAAUAAAAUACCAGUACCUUAACAAAAAGGCAUUUCUCUCUGAAUUUAAAUGCAGAGCCAUAGAUUGUACUAAACAAGACAAGUUACACAUACAUACUUCAGUUUUACUAUUGUACAAAGAAUAAUAAAAAUAAACAAUAUUAAACAUAUUAAGAUCUUUUAACUUUAUGUCUGAGAUUUUACUUCUGGAAAUUAAGAGUAUACAGUCAUCAAAGAAUUCUUAUCGGUAGGUUCAGGAACAAUCUCAUAGCUAGAGAACGAAACUAUUGUAUUUGUUGUAAAUCAUGUGAUGUUGAAAAUGAAUAUCAUUUCAUUUUAAUCCACCCUUGUUAUUAUGAUAGAAUGAAAAAAUAAAUAAAAUCUCAUUAUCUCAA